CUCUCUCUGUUUGUUCCAAACAAAAUCAUCGAAAGCUGUCAAAAGGAUGUUUUUAAAAAGAUUUCUCACACACAGUACAAAUCAAACCUGUUUAUUCCAAAGAUUUUUCCAGUCAGAUCCUGAUUUUUUAGUUAGAGCAUUCAGCAUGAGUUCCGGCUUCAAAUUUAACGAUAUCGAAGGAGAUUUGUUUUCCUGUCCCAAAGAUUCCAGCUUGGCACAUUGUGUGGCGGCUGAUAUGCGAAUGGGUGCAGGAAUUGCUGUCAAAUUCAAGCAACUUUUCGGCCAAGUGGAUAAAUUGAAGUCUCAGAAUCAACGGGCUGGCGGUGUUGCAGUGCUGAAAGAUGGCGAACGUUACAUUUAUUAUCUCGUCAGCAAGAAUGAGACUUACUCAAAGCCAACAUACCAAGAUUUGAGCUACAGUUUGGAAGCGAUGCGGAAACAUAUGAAGGAAAACAACGUUACAAAGCUGGCAAUGCCUCGUAUUGGUUGUGGAAUCGACGGAUUACAAUGGGACAAAGUUUCCGAUUUGAUAAAAGAGGUUUUUGGCAAGGAAAAUGUCGAGAUCACUAUUUAUACCUUCGUUCCGAAGUAAAAUGAAGAAUUUUUUCGUUCCUUAAAUACUUUAUUUCAACUUUUUUUUGUGAAAUUUCAAACAAAUACAUGAAAAAACUUAUGCAGGCACAACA